CACCGCAGCGCGCUCGCUCUGCAGCGGCGGGCGGGUCGCCUUCGCUGGGGACCUCCGUAGCUGGCUCUGCGUUCUCGCCUGUCAAGCGGAGCGAUGCCCGCGCCCCGCUUCCCGGCGUCCCACGAGCCCGGUGACCACUCACCGACUGCAGGGCUGCGGCGGUGACCCUCUGCCGCCGACUUUCACCCAGCGUCCGGCUCGGAGCUCGCUGGCCGGCGGGGAGAGGCCCUGGUAGUGUCAGGAGGUUUCAGAGGCUCGAGUACCUCUACCGCCCCAGCACCUACUUCUGUGGUCAUGGAGAGCAUCUUCCACCGGGAUUUCUGUACGGUCAUCACCCAGCCUGCCACCCCCUAGUUGCAACCUUGGGUUCUGAUUUCCACCAAUGAAGUUUUUUUUUAUCCUUUCUUGAAUCAUGUGACAUUACUUCUUGCCCGCUGUUUCCCUUUCACUUGCCAAAUCCAUUAGCUAUAAGUUCCUUUUGGUUUAAAAUACCGAGUUAGUUGCUUGCUUGUCCACUUACACUUCUACAGCUCACUACCCCUCGCUAUGAUUUUCAUAGGAGUUCACCUGAGUCCUUGCCUUGAAGAGAGCAUUCCCUCACUUGACUGACAAAGACAACAGUCAGGCAGUGAGUCUCCAUGCUCUGUUUUUCAGUACGUCAAGUUUGCAAGUCUGAGUAAAACUACCUUCUUGCGUGGCGUAAGAAAAAAGAAAAAAAAAAUCCUGCAGUAAUGGCAAAAGUUGAUCAUGAGAAUGCUUUAGAAACCUCAGCAGGGUAGUAUUGAUUCAACUUAUAGCUUCCAGGAAGGCUGCAAUUUAUGAAAAGAACAAGGAGAAAGGCGCAAAAAUAGGGUUAGUUGGAGCUAUUCUUUGCCAUAGGAACUGGUUAAGUUCUAAAAUGCAAAUGAAGAGACUCAGACUUUCUUAGAAAAUUGUUACGCCAUCCAAGUCCCAGGGAAAAACUGAGGGCUCUUAAGCCUCCAUUCUCUAGUGUCUUUGUGUUCAAAUAUAAGUUGUUAAUUGUCUAAAAUAUUAGACUAAAAUGUUGGGAAAGCGUAAACGUGUGGUAUUGACAAUUAAAGACAAACUUGACAUUAUUAAGAAGCUUGAAGAAGGCAACUCUUUCAAAAAACUUUCUGUCGUGUAUGGAAUUGGUGAGUCCACGGUUCGUGACAUUAAAAAAAACAAAGAAAGAAUUAUAAACUAUGCCAACAGUUCAGAUCCUACUAGUGGAGUGUCCAAACGUAAAUCUAUGAAGUCAUCAACAUACGAGGAGCUUGACAGAGUUAUGAUAGAGUGGUUUAAUCAACAGAAAACAAAUGGGAUUCCAGUCUCUGGGACUAUUUGUGCAAAGCAAGCCAAGUUCUUUUUUGAUGCGUUGGGUAUGGAAGGGGAUUUUAAUGCCUCAUCUGGCUGGCUAACUAGGUUUAAGCAGCGCCAUGGUAUUCCAAAGGCUGCUGGUAAAGGAACAAAAUUAAAAGGAGAUGAAGCUGCUGCCAGUGAAUUUUGUGUUAACUUUCAGGAAUUUGUGGAAAGAGAAAAUCUCCUACCAGAGCAAAUAUAUGGUGCUGACCAAACUGGAUUGUUCUGGAAAUGUCUACCUUCAAGGACACUGGCGUUUGACACUGACCAGGGUACUUGUGAAUAUAGGACAAGCAGAGAGAGGAUCAUUGUUAUGUGUUGUGCAAAUGCCACAGGUUUACACAAGCUUAAUCUUUGUGUUGUGGGGAAAGCAAAAAGACCCCGUGCAUUCAAAGGAACUGACCUUUCAAACCUUCCUGUCACUUACUUCAGUCAAAAGAGUGCGUGGAUCGAGCCGUCUGUUUUCAAACAGUGGUUUGAGAAGUGCUUUGUGCCACAGGUACAGAAGCAUCUAAAAUCCAAAGGGCUUCGGGAAAAAGCAGUACUGCUUUUAGAUUUCCCCUCAGCACGUCCAACUGAAGAACUGUUGUGCUCGGACGAUGGCAGAAUAACUGUGAAGUAUUUGCCCCCAAAUGUCACUAGUCUAAUCCAACCUAUGAGCCAAGGAGUUUUAACCACAGUCAAAAGAUAUUACCGAGCAGGACUUAUCCAGAAAUACAUGGAUGAAGGGAACGACCCAAGAAUGUUUUGGAAGAAUUUGACAGUGUUGGAUGCCAUUUAUGACGCGGCAAGAGCCUGGAACAUGGUGAGGUCACAUACUAUAACUAGAGCGUGGAAAAAGCUGUUUCCCGGCAAGGAAGACAGUUCCAGCAUGAGCAUCGACGAAGGAGCCAUUUUAGCAGCUAAUUUAGCAACAGUUUUACAGACUACAGAAGAUUGUGAACACGUUGACAUUGAAAAUAUAGAGCAGUGGUUUGACUCUCGGAGCAGUGGCUCACACUGUCAGGUGUUAGCUGGCAUAGUAAGUUCUGAAGUCAAGGCGAAGGCUGCCGGGCAGAAGCCUUCCAGGAAGAGUAGGAAAGCAGAGCUGAAUCCAGAGAAGCAUAUCAGCCAUAAAGCUGCGCUCGAAUGGACUGAAAAUUUGCUAGAUUAUCUAGAACAACAAGAUGACAUGCUACUUUCUGAUAAGCUGGUAUUGCGGAGGCUUCGGACCGUUAUAAGAAGAAAACAGAGGAUUCAAAAUAAAAGUCAUCUAUAGUGCUCCAUCCUCUUGCUAUGUAUUUUCAUCUUCGUGACUUCUG